CUGUGCUUGACAGGUCUUUUGAAGGGGCAUCACCAUGGCCCGCGUUGCCUUCCUCAUCCUGCCGCUGCUUGCGGCUCUGUGCAUCGCAGAUCCUGCUGUUUACUUAAAGGAAGAGUUCGCUGAUGGAGAUGGGUGGUCGCAGCGCUGGGUAGAAUCCAAGCACAAAUCUGACUAUGGAAAGUUCAAGCUAAGCGCCGGGAAGUUCUACGGAGACGCAGAGAAGGACAAAGGUCUCCAGACAAGCCAGGAUGCCCGCUUCUACGCCCUGUCUACCCGCUUUGAUUCCUUCUCCAACAAAGAUAAGACCCUUGUCAUCCAGUUUUCCGUAAAGCACGAGCAGAACAUAGACUGCGGCGGCGGAUACGUGAAGCUUUUCCCUGCGGAGCUGGAGCAGUCCGAAAUGCACGGCGAAUCAGAGUACAACAUCAUGUUCGGCCCUGACAUUUGCGGCCCCCCCACAAAGAAGGUGCAUGUUAUCUUCCAGUACAAGAAGAAGAACCUUCAGAUCAACAAGGAUAUCCGCUGCAGGGACGAUUCUUUCACCCACUUGUACACCUUGAUCGUGCGCCCAGACAACACCUAUGAAGUAAAGAUUGACAACAGCAAGGUGGAAUCCGGAAGCCUGGAGGAGGACUGGGACUUCCUGCCAGCCAAGAAGAUUAAGGACCCAGAGGCCAAGAAGCCCGAUGACUGGGACGAGCGCCCCAAGAUCGAUGACCCAGAAGACAAGAAGCCAGAGGAUUGGGAUAAGGCUGAACACAUUCCAGACCCUGAUGCCGUGAAGCCUGAAGACUGGGAUGAGGAGAUGGAUGGCGAGUGGGAGCCCCCAGUUAUACAGAACCCAGACUACAAGGGAGAAUGGAAACCCCGUCAGAUCGAUAACCCAGAUUACAAAGGAAAGUGGAUCCAUCCUGAGAUCGAUAACCCAGAAUACACCCCUGAUAGUACUCUGUACCAGUAUGACAGCUUUGGGGUACUCGGCCUGGACUUGUGGCAGGUAAAAUCCGGCACCAUUUUUGACAACUUUCUGAUGACAGAUGAUGAGAAAUACGCAGAAGAAUAUGGAAAUGAGACCUGGGGGGUUACAAAGGAAGCAGAAAAGAAAAUGAAGGAACAGCAGGAUGAGGAGGAUCGCAAGAAACAGGAAGAGGAAGAGAAGAAGAGGAAGGACGAAGAGCCACAGGAAGAGGAAGAGGAUGAUGAUGACGAGGAGGAGGAAAAAGAGGAAGAAAAGGAAGAAGAGGAGGAAGAUGAAGAAGAAACACCUCUAAAAGAUGAGCUUUAAAACCAUGGCAGCUUGUGGCUGUCGCCCCUAUCUGGCGCUCUCCCCUACCCUGGGCUUUCAUGUCUUAGAUAGGAGAGGGGAAAUGGGAUCGUUCUGUCUCUAUGAGACUCAAAUUUAUAUAUAUUUUUUACUGUUUUUGUUUUAACCCUUUAAUAGGAAGAUGGUCAGUCAAUCUUCCGUCCCCUUUCCCCCAUCUCCUCUCUCCUCCACCUUUUGGUUUGUCCCUUCAAUUCUCCAAUCUCGUCUCUUGGUCCCUUCCCUUCAGUCCCUCCAUUGCAGUAACUCUUUGCCUUCCUCAAUUAGGAAAUAACCACGCCCACAGAUAUGGUCUGGCCAAUCAAAAUCAUGCCAGAUUUGUCUACGUUCUGCCUGGGAAUACCCAGCUCAACAAGGGUUCCUUAGGCAGGGCGACAGUUGUAUUUGAGUUUCCUCCCGUAAUGCAGUAUCGAAUCAAAUCAGUGUUCAUAUUUUAAAAGCCAAGCAUUGAUAACAUGGCCGCUUGCGUGUUAAAAGCCCAGCUAGUGUUCUCUAUGUGGGGCUAUUGCCUGGUGGGGAAGUGGUGGUUUUAAUAAGCCGUACAGUGCUGGCCAGUGUGGCCCUCGGCUGGCUAGCAUAGAACUCAAGCUUAGCAUACACACAGCCAUACUUCUCUGCACCUAUACCGGGGGCCUGGAUUAGAAUAGGGGGGUUGGCUGCUAGUGACCCUGCGGCGGUAACACAAUUGUGCAUGGGUGAAACAGGGCUAUUGCUAUUAUCAUUAGUGAUUGCUUACAGCAGUAAAUCCCAGCCUGCGGCCUGCUGAACUACCACUCCCAGCUCUACAGCAAUGCCUUAUAGUGUUAGGUGACUUUGCUAAACCUGCAGGGUAUUAUACAGAUUGGCUGCGGCCCCUCCAUCUGCAUUCCACAAGUGUUGUCCAAUAACCAACCUGCCAGUGUAUUCCCUUUUUAGUGUCCAGGGGGAUUCAUUCCUUUUAUAAAGACCACUGUCCUCCAAUCCCCAGUUUGAUUUACGCCUCUAAUUUAUAUUGUGGCAGGGCUCAUCCCUGGAGCCUCGAUGGGUUUUGUUUUGGAAUGUACAGAUGUCAGAUUUCUAAUUAAAUAUGUUUGUGUCCAA